CACUGGGGAUGAUGAUGAUGAUUCAGAAUCAGAUGUGGACAUCUUCAGAGGAUGAAGAGGAAAAAGAGAGAUGGCCUUUGAGAAGAAUAACUGUGAUAUGUACCUGCUGUUUUUGCAUGAAGCACAAUUUUUUAAAAAAGACUGUAAAAAGUAAGGAGGGUGUCCAGCAGAGCUGUGAAGAUAACAUUAUGGCCAACAUUAUUAAGGUUGUUGUAGUAAAACCUAUUUACUUUUUUGAAAACUGUACACCCUGCGCAGUAGACUCUCCCAAUCCACUUAUUCGCUCUUGUGUUUCUUGGGGUCGCUCAGAAGCAUUUCACCAGAUUAGAUGUAUUUCUUCUAAAAUCAAAGAUGUGGAGGUAUUUUACCGCCCGUAGCACCUUUUGAUACAUCAAUGUGCUGCAGGCCUUCAUAGACCAUUACAACAGAAGUUAUCAGAACUGUCAGAGGAUGCCCAAUCGACAUGACACACGCUAAGACGCUGAGCAUAUGGAAAACCAUCUACAAGGAUAGUUUUAAAAUAAAGGCACUGCGAGUGAUUUUUAAGAAAGGGGAUCACGUAAGGGUAUCUAAAAUGAAGGGUAUUUUUGAAAAGGGAUAUCAGCAAACCUUUACCGAUUAAAUAUUUAUUGUGUCUUGGGUUUUAUUGCGAGGACAGUGGCCUGUGUACGCAUUUUACCCCAAAGAACUACAAAAAGUAAACCCUAACCAGGAUCACAUUUACAGGGUAGAAAAGAUUCUAACGAAGAAAGGUUGGGGAAGGCAUGACUAUUUCUUGGUGAAAUGGAGAGGAUAGCCUGAAAAAUUUAACAGUUGGGUUAAAGCGUUUCCAGUUCAAGACCUCUAAUAAAGGGAGGAAAAAAUGACUGAAGGAGGUUUUUACGUUACGUUACCUAGCAAUGCCUCUGUGGGGGGCUUUUCCUCAAAAUACUAGUUCCAAUUUUACAAUACAACUGGCCAAGCCUUUAAAUUUGAUUGGCUAUUGGGAUGUUGCUUCAUCGGAAAUUCAUUAUUGUUACUUGUGGAACACAGUCUUUCACGAUACGCCGUUUGUGAUAGCAUCAAAAAAGAAAUUUGGUCCUACAACAUAGAAGCCAGCUAUUAUUCAAGCAUUCAUCAUUCAACAAGAACAUCGACAAAGAUUCCGAAAAACUGAAGGUCAGCGUCAUUUACAACUCGGUGACCAGAAGGGUUCAGUUAGAAGCAAACGAUGAAAAUUAAUUUUUUUCUGCAUGGGUAGAAUUGGCAGCAAUAUUGGGAAUGAUUCCGAAUAGUCCAUGUAAGAUAGCACCCCACCCCACAGACAUCAUGGGAGGGUUUAACUCUUUAUAUGUGUACACGAACAUAGUGGAACAUCAGUUAGUGGGGAACUACUAGUGCCGUUGUUGCGCUGUGUUCCCAUCCGCGGCAGCAACAACGAAUUUAUUACCAUCAUGUAUAACAAACCGUAUUACGUCCCUGUGAGUAAGCAGCAUAUAGGUACUGCAUUUGCGCCCCAGGAAAGUUGAAGAAUGGUGACUAUAAAAAAACUACGGGGAUCCCUUUUUAUAUAGGAACUACUACAAGGCCCAGGCUGGUUAUGCCUUACCGGGCUAUUAAGGAUUACCCAUCAUGUACAGGGCCGGUUUAGGAGGGAUAUUCCACAGUCUUUUUAGAAAAGCCAUGCUGCUUUUGAGAAGACGUUUUGAAGUUAUUAAACUCCACAUUAAAACAGCCGCAAAAAAUAUAACCAGAGACGUAGUGAACCCCAUGUCUAGCGCCGUUAUAAACAAAAUAGGAGCGCACAUGCCACAGGAAGGUUCCGGUUUAGUGAUGUUGAGGAGAAAAAGAGCAGGAUUGCGCCUGCCAUUUAAAGGGCCUCCUAGGCCCUUUUAAAAGAAAAAGCUGCCAGAAGACGCCUCAGCCAUAAACCUAAAAGGCGCCCCAAGAAGAGGAAGUGGAGCAUCGCCCGCAGUAAAAGGGACAUAUUUUAAAAUGGCUUUCAUUCAUUGUGGCUCUGAAGAAUGUACCAAAUCAGAACUGGAUUUAUUUCAAAUAGCCCCCACACAAACCAGCAUCGAGAAUAGCUUUUAUGUAGAGAUGCCGCCUUUGGCCACUUUGAUGGUGAAUGUCCCUCUAGAAUUUUUUAUUUUGGGACACGGGGAUCAUUACUUAGAUGGUAACAACAUGCUGUCGUACACGUGCUGCAAGGAGGUAAAAGAAGAUGGGUCAGGCAUUGACGACGACGCCAGGGUUGCCCUAACAAACUACCCCAUCGCCACCUUUUUUAACCAGAUGGAUGUCACACUAGGCGACUGUCUUAUCAGUCAGAGCAACAAUUGUUACCCUUACAGAGCCUUGAUAGAGCUGAUUCUGAACUACAGCCAUGACAUCCUCACUGUGCAGAUUUCGGCAGGAGGGUUUCAUAAAGACACGGCGGGGGCUCACGAAAGCACUAUUUUGGAUGGCACGGGUAAAAAGGGGUUUAUGCACAGGGCCAGACUAAUGGCCAGCAGCAGGAAGCUGGAUUUGUUGGGGCCUCUACACAGUGAUUUGUUUUCUCAAGAAAAACUGUUGCUGAACGGCGUGGACUUGAAAAUUAAACUGACACGUAGCAAAGCUGUUUUUUGCCUCAUGAGUGGGAAUGCCAACCAGAAUGAUAAAGUUCACAUUAUUUCAGAGUCCCUCUUUGUAAAACGGGUGACAGUGACCCCGGGGGUCUGCUUGGGGCACACUGAAGCGCUAAUGGCCGCCAGUGCUAAGUACCCGGUAGACAGGGUGGGCAUAAAGGUGUUUAGCAUUCCGGCAGGCAGUCGUGUCAGUAACCAGGAAAACCUCUUCUGGGGACAGUUACCCAAGCAGCUUGUAAUUGCAUUUAUAGAUAACGACGCCUUCAGCGGCAGCUACAUUAAAAACCCUUUAAAUGUUACAAUAUUAAUUUUGUGGCCUUGUAUGUGGAUGGUGAACAGGUGCCGGCGAAACCCCUACAACCCAAUUUUGAGAAUGGAAACUGCCUGAGGGAGUAUAUGCAGCUCAGGCAGGUGACUGAGAAAUAUG